AUGGAUGUUACAGAAAAUAAUCCUUUUGGACCAAUUUGUGCUUGUAAUGUUUGUCAUGAUCGAAAAACUCUGCCAUACUGUCAGGUUACUAAAAGCCGAAAGAAAAAAUGUUCAAAGAGACGACGCCUUGUUUCAACUCCAAUUUGUUACAAUGCAGCAUACAGACCACUUUUCAUUCGACACUGGGCACCUGGAAUUCCUUGUGAAUACUGUCUCCGGAUCGGUUGCACAGGAAAACUUCGUGAUUUUGAUCCGUGUAUACUCUAUUAA